GAAGUUAGAAACAUUCAACAGUGUAACGGGACACCAGCUGGACGUCGAGACUCGGGAGUUUAAAGCUUCAUUUUUCUGAGUUUUUGUUUAAAAUAACAGACAGAUUGUUGAAUCUUAGUGGACCUGUUUCCUUCCAGCCCCUGACAGCCUGGUUUCCUGUCAGACAUGGGAGCGUUUGAGUGAGUUUGUGGACCAUGCCGGUGGAGUGAAGCGGGCGUGUUUAAAGAGGAAAUCCCACACAGAGCAGACGGACCCUGGUGUCCCUUCAUAUCUUUCUUUCUCCUCCUUUUAAACCAGCUAAUGUUCUUUUCUUCGGGGUUUUAAUGCAGCCGAAUUUGAGUCGAGAGGUUUUUCUCCCUAAAUGACGUGGACUAGCACAAUGAGCAGUGGCUACAGCAGCUUAGAGGAGGACUCCGAAGAGUACUUUUUCACGGCCAGGACCUCUUUCUUCAAAAAACCAUCAGGAAAAGUCACAAUUAACAAGGAUGUGGAGAAGGAGAGAGAGCUGCGGACCGAGUUCAGCAGGGAGGAGAUCAGGCAGAGGAUCGAGCUGUACAACUCGGUGACCAAGGACCACCUGAAGAUGACCCUCAAUCCCUCCGGUGUGUACACUGGUUUCAUCAAGGUGCAGAUGGAUCUGAGGAGGCCCGUGACGGUGCGGGGGGGUCAGAGAGGAGAGGAGGCCUUCUAUCUGCCCAGAGGAGUCAGCAACACCCUCCACAUCGGUUCCAGUAACACAGUCAGACAGGUCAUCAUCGCCCUGCUGAACAAGUUCACAGUCGCAGACAACCCGGCUAAAUAUGCGCUCUACAAACGCUAUCGCAGGGAGGAGCAGGUGUAUGUGUGCAAGCUGGCGGAUGGCGAGCAGCCGUUGUUUCUGCGUCUGGUGGCGGGGCCCGACACCGACACGCUCAGCUUCGUGCUGAGGGAACAACAGACAGGAGAAGUCAUGUGGGACGCGUUCUCCAUCCCCGAGCUGCGAAACUUCCUGAGGAUCCUCGACAAAGAGGAAGACGAGCAGAGGGAGGCGGUGAUCCGCCGCUACGAUUCCUACCGCCACAGACUGCAGGAGGCGCUCAGAGAGGUCAGGGGGCCUUCUUAGAGGGAUUCACCUCCAUUAAACUGGACUACUGCCCCCUAGAGGGAUGGAGGAGGCAUUUCUGAUCCUAAGAGGAGGAAAACUGGGAUGAGAAGAGAGGAGUCAGCGCCUGAAGGAAAGGAUGAUUUAAAGAUGACAAGAGGACUGAGGAUAAACUAAGAGACAGCAAAUGAAAGGACAAGUGAAUGAAGGGAUGGACGGAUAAAUUCAGAGGGACGCUGCUGGAUUUUUGAUGCAUCCCGGAUUAAAGACUUCAAACCUGCAGUCUGCCUGCUCACACCAAAGAUUCACUUCAGUGCCAUAAUCACUCAGCCUCUCCUCCUCUCUCUGUCCAUCCCUCUUUUCUUCUUCUUCUUCUCACUGGGUUCAGCUGUCACUUAAUUUAUGCAGUUUAUCCCGCUCCUCUCCUUUAAACUUGUGAAAGACUCACGGCCAUAUGUUGAGUUUUAUUUAAUGUUUGUUUUCGAAGUCUGUAAAUAUUUUUUUUUCUUAAUUUAUAUGGGUGAAGCUUUUUUUUUUCUUCUCUAAACAGAAAGUCUUAUUUUGGUUUAUUCUGCAGAGGCAGAGCUCCAAUCCAGAUGUUGACACAGACACUGAGGAUAGUUUAUCCAGAGGUAAAUACACGAGAGAGAACACGAGCGCCGGGCGACAGAAACAAUCUCAGUCUGCAGCUUCUCCUCAGAGAACUCAACAUUUAGAGAGGACUGUAGAAACAACAAAUUCAGACUCAGAGGAGGGAAGUAUCUCUAAAGAAGGACAAUGUGAGUCGCCUGCGAGCAUGUACGGAGUCCCAAGGGUGCAAAAAAAAGAAAAAAAAAAGUGCUUUGUUAAAAUCUAAUCUUUUUUUUUCCUCUUUUUAUCAGGACACAAAAUAAACAGUAACAGAUUAGGCCACCAGGGGGCAGUAGUUACAUUUAUAUUUACUGCUGCAUCUCCAGAAGUUUGUAUAUUGUUUAAAAGUUAAAUUUUUUCCAUCAGUUAUUAAAAAAAGGUGAAAAUUAAAUUUGUUCUUGAGUCAUUACACAUAAACUAAAAUGUUUUGAGUACUUCUCUUUUUACAUUUUGAUAAUAUAUGACAUAAAGCUAAAAAAUAAAUCUCAAAAUGUUAUAAUAUUUAAUUUAAAGUUACUGCACUAAUAUUAAAUCAUAUAAAAAAGUCGAUAUAAACAGUAUGUAGUUGGAUUUAUUUUUACCAUCAAGUUGUUGCUAGUUACACAAGAUCUUAACAUUUAUCAUCUGAUGAUAGUCUAUUUUUUCUGAAUUAGAUAAAUAAAAGCAAUUUUGAUUUAAAAAAAACAACUUAAAAGCUAUUUCUAAAAAUAUAUAUAUUCAAAAAAAAAUCCCCAUUUUGAAAUAUUUUAUUUAUAAAAAAAAAUCCUUGCUAUAACAUAUUUAUUUUUAAUUUAUGUAAAGUAGAUACAUAAUUACAUUUUUAUCACCAACAAAAAAAUAUAUAAUAAUAAUUUGGCAUUUUAUUUUAUUUUAUUUUAUUAGAAUUAGAUAUUUAUUUAUUGGCAAAUUCAAUAACCUUAUUUUGAAGGAUGUUUUUUAUCAAACAUGUCCUUGGAUUAAUUUUUUUUAAAUCCUCAGUUCAUAUCUUUAAAGUUAAUAAGCAGCAAAAUAGAACUCACCCUGUACUUUGUGUUACAUAAAAUAGAAAUCAUCAUUUUUUAAUUUAUAUUUUAUUUUUUAAAUGUAUUGUUUAUUUAUUUUAUGCAUGAUUAUAAUGACUACUGAAUUAUUUGCGUAAUAUAUUUUUUAAUCUUUUGAUUUUUUUGGCACUCCUGGGACUCCGUAGAAGUCGUCUGAAACAGAAUGUAGUUCAGGAAGAUGCAGAUAAAAAGGUGAAGUUGAGGUUUGUUGUGACUAAAAACACACAGACACAAACUCUACAUGUCAAGAGGAGGUUUCUGCUUAAAGACAUAAAUAUUAGAUUGAGAUUUAAGUUUGUUAAAGUAGGAGAAAUGUUAAUUUUGUGCGUCUAAGUGUGAUCGUAAGUGAAGACGAGUGAACACGAGAACGAUGAACUGGUUGGAUUUAAAGCUUUUGUUGUAGUUUUUCUCCACCAGCAGAGUUUGACGGAGCAUAAAGUGACGUAGUUUAGACAGAAGUGACCCCUGACCCCUGACCUCAGGGUCCGAGGAGGGAGGAGUGACUGGUUUUUGGAAGUAGACAGAGAAGUUUAGAGGAAGUAGAAGAGAAACGCUCGACAGAGGAAGAAAGAAAAACAGAGGAGAAGUUUCAGAGAGGAGAGGAGCACGUGGGACAGAGAGUCCUAAAGAAGUGUGAUCAUUACCUGGAGGGCAAUAAUGGGAGUUUCCUCCAACCACAAGUCAUCAUGAUUAAGUGUGUGUGUUUAUUAAAGCUCAGAUGAGAGAACAGGAGGUCUGUGAGAGCUGAGAGCUGCAGAGGACACAGUGACGUUCUCCUGUUUGUCUGUCUGCAGGCGUUCAUUUCAAACGCCCCGGCUGCUGCUGCUGCUUUGUGCUCUAAUCUCAAGUUGAAACAUGCAGCCUUGACCUCCUCCUCACCUGUUUCUCUUUUCAUGGUGGGAGAGAAAGAAGGAUUUUAAAGAAGGGAAGAAGAGAAGAGUGAUCAUAAAGUAAACAAAAGCUGAGUGUUAGUAAGUGUGAGAGAAGGAAGGAGAUAUUUUGGAUGGUGUGUGGAGGAGAUAGCUGCCUUAAAAAUGUCCGGUGUCUUCUUCAUGCACAGAAUUAAUCACAUGAAACGUAAAGAUUUAAAACUUCAGCAAACACGUAAAAAUAAAUCACAUGACAAUCAUUCACUUUAAUCUAUCACAAGUUAUCAUAGAAGCUGUACACUGCUUUAUUGUUCAAGCUGCUGGUACUGAAUCUAAUCAUAGAAGAUAUAACACCGCCAUCUAGUGGACAAACACUGCAACUGUUCUCUCUCUCUGUGUCAAAGUAUCUUCAUUUAGAUUUUUCUUUUUGUCGUAACCAAAGAUAUUUUUGUGGUGUUGCCUGGAGCAAAAACAUAUUAGAGGCCUCUUCCCACCGGAGGGAAACAUAUAGAGUUUUAUUUAAGCAGGUUUUUAAACCCUGCUUUAUUUUAUUAUCAAACACUGGGUUCAAGCUAUGGAAGGCUAAAGAGGCCAAAAGUGUUUCAAUUUUACAAACAGUGACUUUUAAAGGGUGUGAUGACAGUUUUUGUGGAAUUCAGUAAAUCCUGAUGAUGUCACAAUGAUGUCAUUAAUGUUUUAAGAUGAUUGAAAAAUGUUGCAUUAUGGGAAAUGUAGUUUUUAGUUUAUUUGGAGUUGGAACUGUGUUUGUUAUUUAAAAAAAGAGACAUUUAAAAAAAAAAAAUUCUUUAAUAGAAUGCAAUAUUAAGUUAUGUUAAUACACUAAAAGAUAUAGAUUUUACAUUAAUUAGAUAUUUAAAAUAAUCACAAUGUAGCUGUCACAUCCCAAAUUGCAUAAUCUGAUCAAAUUUAAAUAUUAAAAAUGAAUUUGUUCAAUUUCAAACAUAAAAAAAACUGAAUUCUCUAACUAAAAAAAUCAUUCAAAAUUUAUAAUAUCCGACGUUUGUAAAGCUGAAAUAAUUUUGCAAAUUUUGCCUUCCAUAUAAUAUAGUUUUUUAAAAUGAUGCGAAAGUCUGCAUGAAAACAGUUUAUUCAUCUUAAAGCCAUGUUGUUGUUGUUGUUGUUGUUGUUGUUGUUGUUGUUGUUGUUGUUUGUGUAUUUGAUAAACAACAUAGACUGUUUAAACAUCAUAGCAGACGAAACUUAUCUUUAAUUUUUUUUUGGGCACUUUAUUUUUGAAUUCAGGGACGACGGGUUUUUGAUUUUUCUUCUGUUUAUCUCAAACUAUCGCAAUCACUCUGUACAUUAUCUUAACAUUAAUAAUCUUAUUUUUAAACCUCGUGUUAAGCUUCACUCAUCAUGAUGUUUUUUUUUUUUACAGUUUGAGAGAGAGGUUUGUUUUUUAAGCUCUUUUUAUUUUUGUCUCAACAAGCUUCCAUAUAUAUUAUUUUCUCAGAGUUAGCUUUAGACUGUGAAACAUUUGGUUGAAUCUUGCAUGUGUACCUGUUUGUCUCUCUGUACAUGUGACUGUACACACUACUGGGCUGUUCCACAUUAAAGCAUGACUUAUCGUAGCUCGGGCAGCGUUUAGAGAAGUUAGAGAAAACUUUAAAAGAUGCUUCAAAGUUAAUCUUUUUAAAGCUGUCGGAUCUGUUUAUGAUAUAAAGACUCGCUGACAAGUUUAACCUUUGGGACAGAAGUGUUUAGGAUGAUACUAAGUGUGUUAGAGAGCUUGUUUCAAUGAUAUGUAGACUGGUGACUGUAUGAAAAGAUGGCCAACGUGUCACCAACUCCUAAAAGUGAAGCCAAAACACCCCCUUUGUGCUUGUUUGGAGUCAUGAUACCACGUCCUGCCCCUUUAUGCUAACAUAAACACAUAACAGAACUGAUUCUUGAGUUGAUUUAAAGCAAACACUCACACAUGAACCACAUUCAUCAACAAAGCUGUUAAUCAUGGCGUUAUUUUUAUAGCAUCAAAUACCGAGCCAAAAUAAUUUGAUAUAAUUAAAAUAAGAACUAACUAUAACGACAGAAACCAGGUUUGAGGAACUUUUAUUUCUCAUGCAUUUUGAUUUUAAAGUUUGACCCAUGUCCCAUCUGAUUGUAUAGAGGAGGCUGGAUUUAUGACCUAUACUGCAGCCAGCCACCAGGGGGAGCUCUAAAUAUGUUGGCUUCACUUUUGAGGAGUUGUCAUGUUGUUUUUAUUUUCAUUUGGUCUCUAAUCUCAAGACAUAACGUACAAAAAAUCGGCUUCAAUGAUUCGAACAUUUGAGAAAGUACAUUUGAAUUAAUGUUUACUUUAAACGCUGAUUGUUUAAGUGAUGGUAUGAUGCACCUGAUCAAUCCCACUUUGAGUUAUUCAGUUAUCUCUUUCUUAAAUCUGUGGAAUAAGAAAGGUUGGAAGGAUGUGGAUUGACGUUUCCAGUUUUCAGUAAUUAAACUUUUCUUUAGUGUUGUUUAAAGUCGGUUUAGUUUCAGCAGCCGGUAGCUUAAACGUAAUAAUGCCAAAGAUCUUUCAACGUUCCUUUUCGUUGUUCUGCUCUUCACAUUAAAUCAGUCACAGUUUAAUUUCAGACCUGAGGUGCAAAUCCAAAAAUAUAUCGUCUAUUUGAAGCAACAAAAUGAAAGAAAUCGUGAUUUUGUGACACAUUUGGGUGAAUUUGGACAUUUUUGAUCUCAGGUCUGAAAGCUCGAGCCGCAGCAGUGCCUUCCUAAACGUAGACGUCCAGCUGUGGAAACGAACCUGCAGGACGAACAGACGAACAGACGAUCGGACGCCCUCGUCACAUGUUUUUGUCGCUGUAGACAAACAGGUUUCAUUUUGUUGUAAUUUGUGUUUUCUCUUGAAAUCGUUACCAAAUGUGGCCUUUCCUCAUGCAGGGUGGGCUGCAUGUAUUAAAGAUGAAAUUAAAACCAAACAGAUUGUA